AGUGUGUUAAUGACAGCUACUGGUUUGGGAGGGAUAAAAGCUGUGACUAUUGUUUUGAUGAACCACUGCUGAAAAUGACAAAUAAAUACCGGACGUAUAGCAAGAAGCACUUCCGGAUUUUCAGGGAAAUGGGUCCUAAAAACUCUUACAUCGCCUACCUAGAGGAUCACAGUGGGAAUGGAACCUUUGUAAACACAGAGCUUGUAGGGAAAGGAAAACGCCGUCCUUUGAGUAACAAUUCUGAAAUUGCUCUUUCACUAUGUAGAAAUAAAGUUUUUGUAUUUUUGGAUCUGACUGUAGAUGAUCAGUCAGUUUAUCCUAAGGAAUUAAGAGAUGAAUACAUCAUGUCAAAAACUCUUGGAAGUGGUGCUUGUGGAGAGGUAAAGCUGGCUUUUGAGAGGAAAACAUGUAAGAAAGUCGCCAUAAAGAUCAUCAGCAAAAGGAAAUUUGCUAUUGGCUCUUCGAGAGAGGCAGAUCCAGCUCUCAAUGUUGAAACUGAAAUAGAAAUCUUGAAAAAACUAAAUCAU